AUGCCUUCCACCAAGCCUCCUAAUCCCUGGUUGUUUGCUGCCGUCUCUGUCUCGUCGUUGCUCACGUUCUAUCUUAUUCUCAAGCAUAGAGAAAAGUCGUAUCCUCUCUCUCAGCAGCCACGACAAGCAGAUCAUCCUCUUGUACCCCCCUUCAACAGAAAGGAUAGUGACAGCUGA